AAUGCAUGCUGUUUUGAUGCCUUAAUGCCUGCAGUAGAAUUUCCUUAUCGAUGCUUAUCAGCACGUGCUCGCGCGUCGUUCCGUUCCACGAUCCGCCCACUUGACGCGUGAGAUAACGAACAUAAACGUAGACUGAUAAGCCGAUUCUCCCCUCUUAACAAUUGUCGAUAUCCCUGUACCUCUACAAGAGUAUAUACAUAUCUUUCAAAAAAUGUCCUUUGAUAGAGUUAUUCAAGACUCUGACGAUGAGGACGAUCCUUUGUCGGAGAUGCCGCCUCCAGUCAAGCGGGCACCGAAGCAGCCAAAGAAUCAUGUUGAUAGUAUCACGACUUGCAGCGAGCAAUCUGAAAUUGUAACAGCGGGCGGAGAAGCGCAAGAUAUAGAUCAUGGAAAUCAUUUUGCCAUUGACUUUGAUGCAUUCCUACAAUCACAGGAAACAGCGCCAAAUGGCUUCUCUGCCUCUCAGCAACGGAGGGAGGAGAGGUGGAUUCCGUCAGAUGCUGGGGCGGGGUCAAUUGGUUCAGUAAUGACGGAAAUUGGACUUGCGCAGCAACGGCUUUUCGACGACGAUGAUGCUCAACUUGCAGCUAUCCGCGCGGCCCAGACAGCGGCUUGUGACGACCAGCCAGACAAUGGCUCAACAACUGCCGAGUCUCUUGUUCCUCUGAACAUGGCAGUGUUGAAUUAUGACGAUUACAAUCACCGCGAGGAGAGUCCUGGCGCUCUGCAGCCUGGCGCAUUCGUUACUCCCACGUCGCAAGACAUGGCUCUCCUCAAUGGCAAAAACCACGGUCACGGUUACUCCAACAAUGACCUUACUGGGUUUUAUGGAGAUCAUAUACGACAUGUCGGGCCGCAGAACGGUUCGUCGACUCAUAACUUGGCGCAAUCCUCAAGGUCAUACAAUUUCUUUGAAUCAUCUCUGAAUCCACCAGCACAGUUGAAUGACGAUCUUCAGAGCCACCUGAGGUCCAGCGACACAGUGCAGACGGAGGAAGCUCAUAAAACCCCAGGAAGGUCACACUCCGUGCAAGCUACAUCGUACUCUCCCCACGACACCGAGCCCAUCUCGUCACUAGUGACGCCGAAGGUCCCUAGAGUCCAAAGCGACAGCACUUGCCGAUACGCUGCAUCGCACUCGCCAAGAAGCGCAUGCGAUGAGCUCGCUGCCCCUGUUACAAUCGAGAUACUGGCGGUUAAAAAGAAGCGCGGACGCAAAAGAAAGCAAGACAUACCGGAAGACGACGAAGAUGAUGAACUUGCUCUUUCAAAUGAUCAAGGCAUCCCUGAAAGUGCCGAACCAGUCAAGAGAAAGCCGGGUCGGCCACCGAAGAUCGUACGGACGUUGAACGAAUCCGAUGACGCCGGGGUGGCCAACAAUCAGCCACAAGACCAGCCUGUUCCUAGUUUGGAAGAGAUUCAAGAGCAUGGUGAUAAUCCGCUACCUCUUAAUGAAAUUGCAUCGAACCCAAUAGCCAACGGAGUAUCGUAUGCCCUAGAAAAAAACAACUUGCGAGUCGAAGUUGCCAACGAUUCAAAAGAAAAUCGGACAGACGUCUCGAACGACCCGUCCGCAGACAUGGAUAUCCCGCCGGUGAAGCCCUCGAAAAAGGCGAAAGAAUCCAGGAAGAAGAAGCUGAAGCGUGGAAAGACGACAUCAGUGACAUUGAAGAAAACCUACGAAUCAGAUGUCGAAGACGAUGUGAUCUGGAUUGAUGAAAGACCCUCAAAUCAUAUCCUACAAGACGAACAGACCGCUCAGAAACCCAGCAAUGACCCAACAUCUGUCAAUUCAAAGGACGCAGAAUUGUUUCAAGUCCGGAUACCAAGACCUCUCCCACCCUCUGCGCCUGAGGUGACCGAACCCAAACCUUCGCUCGAGACAUGGAAAGACGAACCAAAACCUGCACCUCCAACGCCCAAGAAGCGAGGACGCAAGAGGAAGAAGACAUCUGAGCUACAAAACAGCGAAGAGUCUCCCUCCGAGAAUGUCAAUGGACUCGCAGGCAGCCGAGACGAUAAUCAAGCACCACCACCGCAGCAAUCAGACAUUGGCGUGUCUGUCAUGCUCGAGCAGCCUCCGGACCAAGACAUCAAUCAGCAGGAGACUGAAACCGUGGGAGACAGGUCUCCUUCAGAAAAAGAAGCAACAACACACCCAGAAUCACUCCCGCCCUUCGAACCCUCACCAACCACAGAGGCAACCGCACCUGAGACCCCAAAGAAACCAGACUCAACGUCUAACGAGGUAAACUUGAGUACAUGUCCCCAGACAAAAGACCCCGGAAAAGGCCCCGACAAGCACAGCCCGAUCGCAGGAACAAGCAAAGUGCCCUAUCGAGUCGGACUGAGCCGCAGGGCCAGAAUUGCGCCUCUGCUGAAGAUCAUCCGACGAUAACAUCACCAUGCCUACCACCCUAUUUUAUGUCUAGACGACUCUUUUUCGGCCAUCAUUCCUUUUCCUGUAUAUCUAUUAUCGAUCUUUCUCUUUUAAUGCUCGUCACGACCUGUCAAUGACUUUCAGCCUGUAUACCAUACAUUGUAUUUUUACGAUUUCGUGAUUCCUGCCCAGAGUGAAAGCGAUGGCGUUUUGUGCUAAGGAGCAUACUCAGAUUUUUCUCUCCUUCUUUUUCCAAUGACUGCCAUUUCUCGCGUUUGUAGAUGUCUCUGCUAUGAUCAGCUUGAAGUUUUCCGAUGGUAGAC